UUCUCAAAACUCAACUCAAUUUUUAAUAAUGGCAGCACUAUCGGGACGCGCCCUGCACUAUGUGCUGAAGAUUGGAGACCGGGCCAAGAACGCCUUCUUCUUUCGCCAGAUCCUGGGAAUGAAGGUUUUGCGUCACGAGGAAUUCAAAGAAGGUUGCGAAGCCGAAUGCAAUGGACCUUACGACAAUCGGUGGAGCAAGACCAUGGUGGGCUACGGUCCGGAGAGUUCCCAUUUCGUGAUCGAGCUCACCUACAACUACGGCGUGACCAGCUACGAAAUGGGUAAUGAUUUCGGCGGAGUAACCAUUCACUCUACUGAGAUAUUGCCACGCGCCGCCCAGCACUCGUACCCCAUUGAAAAGACGGAAGGGGGCCAUCUACUCACCUCGCCCGACGGUUACAAGUUCCAUGUGAUCGACCAGGCAGUUACGGAGGCCGACGCCGAUCCCGUGCAGUCGGUGGAGCUGCGCGUGACCAAUCUUGCGGCCUCGCGGCAGUACUGGGAACAGGUGCUCCGGAUGCAGCCACUGGCGGAGAACAAGCAGUCCGUGUGGCUGACCUAUGACUUCAAGCAGGCGUCGCUGCAGCUCACCCAGACUCCGGAUCCCAUCAAUCGGGCCAAGGCAUACGGUCGGAUCGCCUUCGCUGUUCCCGCGGCAACGCAACAACCGCUGCACGAAGCAGUCGUGGCAGCCGGCGGCACGGUCCUGAAGUCCCCAAUCACUCUGGAAACGCCCGGCAAGCCCGCCGUGACAGUGCUUAUCUUGGCCGAUCCCGACGGUCACGAGAUCUGCUUCGUGGACGAGGAGGGAUUCUCGCAGCUCUCCCAGGAGGAGCCCGAUGGCGAUCAGCGACUGGAAAAGUACCUUGCCAAGGAUCCCUUCCAGUCGAAGUGAAGCCUCUCUGAGUUUUG